AUGUCAGCAACUCCAGGUGUUCAAGCGCUUAUAUCCUAUUCUCGAAACGCAUGGAAGAAACUCCUCGAAAGUCCGACCGCACGUAGGAUCAUCGACUUGGAACCCGAGAUUUAUCCCAUCCUUACUUUUCUCCUACUAUCCGCUAUCAUCACCGCAAUUCGUGUUUCGAUAUCCCUUUGCACCAAAGCGUGGCGCAAGCGACAUCCCGAACCGCCCACACGACCUCGACGCCGUUCAUCAUCCGCGUAUCCGCCCGGCAUGCAGGUCGACGCGCUGCUCAAGAAGUGGGAAACGCAGGGCAUGGAUCCGCCAUUUGUAAUGGAGGGGAAUCGGCGACCGCAUCGAGAUGUGGAGGGUCUGGGGAACGGCUUGCGGCGGCGCUAA